AUGCUUCAUGUCAUUGAGUCCUCCAGCGAGGUUCUUGUGUCUCUGCUGCAGGAUCUGAGGGACAUGCAGGAACGGCCACACUGUGUCCUGAUCGAGGCGCCCAGGGUCCUGGUGAUGUCACAUGACCUUCCCAGCAGGUUGUUCCAGCAGUGGAGCUACAAGGUGCUGAAUGUGCAGGCCAGGGUGGGUGGGAUGCUGAGUAGAGACGGGCCAGAGGAGGAGGAGGAGGACACAGACACACUGGUCAGCACCGCCCUGUCUAUGCUGCUCAAGCUGGGGAAUCACCUCCUCAAAGCCACCAAGGGGUCAAAGAUGCCCCCGGGCUCUGUUCUGGAUGAAGUACCAGAGAUGAUAGUCCCCCAGGAUAUCCUGGUUCAGCUCCUGUCCAGAGGAGACCUUCUGAGCCCCCAGCAGUACCUGCAGGCCUACCACACCCCUCUCCACAUCCUCAUGGACUCUGGUCUCUGCAUGUAG